AACACUUUCUGACCGAAACGGGGCUUGCGAUUACAGAGAACCAGGGAUGAGGGGUUUUGGGCGAUUAGCCGGACGAGUUCUUCAGGUUCAUACAUCGAAAGCAGCUGCGAAUGAACAUGGCCUCAUAUUCAUAUCUCGCCGUCCCAUUCGAUUUGCCUCAUCAGCGACAUCGUUUCGAGGGAGCCGAAAUGCUUCAUCUACCUAUGGAUUUUCAUCGUUGCAAUCUUCCUCUGUAGAUUCUCUAUAUAGGAAGAAAUGGACACCUUUUGGUGGUCAAAGGAGGACCAUGUUUAUCCAAACACAGUCCACUCCCAAUCCUUCAUCACUAAUGUUUUACCCUGGGAAGCCUGUUAUGGAAGUUGGAAGUGCAGACUUUCCAAAUGCUCGUUCUGCUAUGAAUUCUCCAUUAGCAAAAGCACUUUUUGGAAUAGAUGGUAUAACUCGGGUUUUCUUUGGAUCAGACUUUGUCACUGUUACAAAAUCAGAUGAUUUUUCUUGGGACAUCCUGAAGCCUGAGAUCUUUGCAGCAAUUAUGGACUUCUAUUCUUCAGGGCAGCCACUGUUUUUAGACUCACAAGCUGCAGCGGCCAAGGAUACAGCUAUUCAAGAAGAUGAUUCUGAAAUAGUUGCUAUGAUCAAGGAAUUAUUGGAAACUCGUAUUCGACCAGCUGUGCAAGAUGAUGGUGGGGACAUUGAGUAUCGAGGUUUUGAUGAAGAAACUGGAAUUGUGAAACUUAAAAUGCAAGGAGCGUGCAGUGGCUGCCCAAGUUCAUCUGUGACACUGAAAUCUGGUAUUGAGAACAUGCUGAUGCAUUACGUACCAGAGGUUAAAGGUGUGGAGCAAGAACUUGAUGCUGAAUCUGAGGAAGCGGCAUUAAGUGGGCUGAUGGAGUAGGUUGACUCGUUAGUUUAAGAUGAACAAGUUCACUGGCCAGACUAGAAGUCCACAUUCAAUACUCCUUUUCAGUGCCAAGCAACAGUAUCUUCAUCAUCUGGUUUGGUUGUGAAAAGGCGCAAGGCGGUUCUCAAGUAUGGCAGCAGAUCAUGUGUCUAAUUUCAUUUGAGUCCUACACCACAUGGUUUUUUUCCCUCCUCUGUAGCGUAUAAUCUCAUAGAUUAGAUACUUCAAAAGCAGUUUUGGGUGCACCCACAGUACAUGAAAGAAAUAAAGGUGUAUUCCAAUGGCAUGCCAUUUACUCAUUUGGAUCUCACGUGACAUGUAUAUUUAAGUCAGAAAUUUAUAAUAGCACAAUGACAUGGAAGAGGAAUUCAGUGCUUACAACUCUGCUGACUGUUUCUGUCCUCAGUUGUGGUAUUAGUCUGUUGAGCAUGUUGGUUGUAGUUAGUGUGGUAAGACUUUUACUGUUUGAAUUGAUCAGUGUUUGGAAUAGCUUGGGCUGGAA